ACGUAAAACAUUGCGGGGGCGGCGGACUCGCGACUGAGAUAACACGUACAAGACUCGACUUUAGAGGCAGGAAAAUGCACUUUUUUGGGUCGUUCGUAAUCAUAGCGACGUUGGUGACAUUUGGGAGAGCUGGAGGAAUCGGGAAAGCCUGGGAAGUUUCGCAGGUCCAAGGUACCGACAGGCCGUCGAUAUUGUCGUCGCGCCCGCGUCUGGAGUCCUCGGCAUUCGAAGUGCGAAGCGUGAGCGGUAUCGGAAGACUUGCUCCGGGCUUUGGGAGCCAAGACGACUAUUCGACGAAAUUAUCAGCCGCAAAGGUUGCAGAUGAGACACCGACCGGAAAAAUCGAAGCGACGAGCGUCGAGCCGAUUUCGCAGGCGCGUCAGGCAAAGGAGCUCGACGAUCUCGAAGCGUCGACGGUGUUCGUACCAGCCCUAGAUUUCUACGAUCCAACGAUCGAGGAUUUCUUGAGAAGAUCGAAAGAGACUACGGAAGUCGAGGCGUUCCCGAGUAUGUGGCGGAAGCUCCGGAGUCACACUCGCAGGGGGAGAAACCAGGGUGGGCACUGCUCGGAAGUGGAGGAAAUAGAGGAGCCCAGUACCGACGAGAGUUUCGAUUUGACCGAGGAAAAGUCGAGAAGACGGCGGGAAACCGAACCGGAAAUGGAGAAGAUCGCGGCCUCGAAGAACGUCCGGCAAGCGCGUCUCGGCUCCCCGGAAUCUUGGUCGAAGCAACCGCUCUCAGUGGAAUUCCGGCAUCGAACGAAGCUGGAGGAAGCUGCCGAAGAGGAAGAGAAAUCAGCGAGGUCGAUCGCGCACGGUAUCCACGCGCCUCACGUUGAUUUCGUCACUUCGAACCGACGAAGUUUCACCGAAAGCCGCGAAUCCCGAGACCUGGCAUUGCCGCCUGCUAGCGGCCGGUUGUACGACGAAAUGCCUCUUUAUCGAAACACCCUCAGAGACCGGGAUUUCGAGGCUCCCCACACCCAGACACUUUUGUAUCCGAAUCGUUACCGAACCGAGCGCGACUACUACGUACGAGGCCCGAGCGAACCGGCUUAUCAGCAAGAUCGGUAUCGCCAAGUCGAUUUCGAUCUCUACAGCCGAAGCAGACCGGUGGCUAAGCCAAAGCGAAUAAUUUACUACGCCACGUUGCCCGAAAUCGUCCGAAAACCUGUCGAUCUCCGAAAUUAUCCGCGCCCUUAUGACCCGCUCACGAGAUCUUCCAAUCCGCAAAUUACACCCGAAGGAUAUUACAAAAGACGUUCGGGAACGACGGACCCCUUGAGAUACCGUUACUACGCCUACCCUCAGACCAGUUUCGAGAACUACGAUCGCUUCGUUAAAAGACCGAGCUGGGACGAGCGUACGUUUCCUUCUUAUCCCGAAAGAAUGGAAGAUUCAAGGCGAAGAGAGCAAGACCUGGAUCACGCGAGCUUGAAGGAUAAUUCGAGGAACGAGGAGUCCAUGUUGGAGCUGGGCCAUGAUAGAAAAAUGCCCGAACGCCCAGUUCCUCGAGACCAGGAAAAGCUACCGUGGCCCGUCCAGAUCGGCACGGAAGUUAGCAUCAAGGAAAACGAGCGAAUCACGGGCAGAAAAAUCUUCAGCCAACGCGAGGACUACAACAGAUUCCGUAACAACGCUCGCAUGGAGCGAGAGCGAGAAGAAUCUGCACCAGCAGAGAGUAGAAAUUAAUAUAAUUUGUGUCACCUACCAGGGUUACUUUGCACCAGGUUUCUUAUGUAAAAACUCAACAAAAAUCGCUUUUUUCUAUCUUCGAUUUAUGCCUCUUCCGCUUCACAAUGAGGGAAUUAAUAUUUUGGGUUCCUGGGAAAAGAUUUUGGUUGAGGGAAAACCACCUUAGUCAAUGGUUUCGCAGUAUUUUUCAAAUGAAUCGGUGAUAAGAGCCAUUUUGAGGAUUAACCGUUUCGUAUAGGAAUUGCGGUGGGUUAGGAUUUUAAUUAAAGCAAAAUGGGUCGAAAUUACGUUGAACAUAAGUUCAGACUCAUUACGAUUCUGUUUUUUUUAUAUGCUACAAUUUGUUAAGGUAGUUAUUGAUAUUUUUUUCUCUAUUCUGCUGCUCCGUACGAAAUAGGGACUCGUGGGCAGAGUAUUUUCAAUCGAUUGGAUCAAGAUCUGUGAUUUUU